CUGCCUUUCCACCGGCGCGGCGCUCCCCCGCUUUUCCCUCUCUCUCUCUCUCUCUCUCUCUCUGCCGCGCACCCCGCCCCGCAUGCGCCCGCAACUGGCCGAGCCGCCCCGAGCCCCACGCCGUCGCCAUCCCCCGCCGUUGCCGUUUCGAUUCACCUGUCGGAGCAGAGGCGGGGAGCCAUGGCGGACGCGGCGGCACCGCCGCCCGGGCUGCCAGUGGCGGCGGGCAGGGACAGGGACAAGGACAAGGACGACCGCCGCCGCUGGGCGGCCCGCUGCGGCUUCGCCGUGCUCGGCAUCAUGGGCACUCUCCUCGUCUACGGCGUCCUCCAGGAAAAGAUCAUGAGAAUUCCCUAUGGAGCAGAGAAGGAGUUCUUCAGAUACUCACUUUUUCUUGUUUUCUGUAACCGCAUCACAACAUCCAUGGUAUCUGCAAUGUUCUUACUGGCAAGUAAGAAAUCAUUGGACCCUGUGGCUCCAUUGCACAAAUAUGGUGUUGUCUCUAUAUCAAAUAUGCUGACGACAACCUGCCAGUAUGAGGCCCUCAAGUAUGUCAGUUUCCCUGUCCAAACACUUGCCAAAUGUGCGAAGAUGAUACCUGUGAUGAUCUGGGGCACAAUAAUAAUGAGAAAGAAGUAUGGUGGAAAAGAUUACUUCUUUGCUGCCAUCGUGACCCUGGGUUGCUCAUUGUUCAUUCUAUAUCCGGCAUCGAUGGAUGUCAGUCCAUUCAACAAAGGCAGAGAAAGCACUAUUUGGGGUGUUUCACUUAUGCUUGGUUAUCUUGGUUUUGAUGGGUUCACAAGCACGUUCCAAGAUAAACUCUUCAAAGGGUAUGACAUGGAAAUACACAACCAAAUAUUCUACACGACAAUGUGCUCAUGUCUUCUUAGUUUAACUGGUUUGAUACUCCAGAAUCAUCUGAUUCCAGCUGUGGACUUCAUGUUCCGUCAUCCAGAUUGCUUCUCUGACGUCGUAAUCCUAUCCAGUGUUGCGACGGCUAGUCAGUUCUUCAUAUCCUACACCAUUCGAACAUUUGGGGCUCUCACAUUUGCUACCAUAAUGACAACUAGACAGCUGGUGAGCAUAUUGCUGUCCUGUGUCUGGUUUGUACAUCCUCUCAGCUGGAUGCAGUGGGUUGGUGCGGCAAUUGUAUUUGGAGCCCUGUACACAAAGAGUUUCUUGAGAAGUAAACCACAGAAGACAGCGGUCGCAAGCCCGCCACGCUGUUCUAGCCCGAAUCCUCCUAACAACAGUUGACAAAAUAAUAUAGGAAAAAAUUGACUUGUUGCAUCGGAACGAAGUCUGUGUCCGAGAUCAACAGCGUCAUGACAAGUUAACCGGGCAGAUAGAUUCCAGAUCUAGCUGUGUUACUACCCCCUGACCUGGAGGAGAUGAAGGUGGACCUAGUGUUAGUUUAGCAUUCAGGCAGUCCAACCCUUAUUAUGUGAGCUGGGUUGCCAAUUUUGUAGCUCAGCCGUGUUCUCUAUUAGCUCUAUGCCUGUAUCGCAACAGUUUCUUGGACCAUUCUACUUUUGGUCUGUAGAAAAAUUUUAUACACUCAACA